GGCCUCGAGCACUGUACACGCGCGAAACUCGUCUUCGGUCACACGUUGCACGCUCCUGCACGCACCUUUUCGAUAUCACAUUCGGAUCCGAUUUGUUCACCCGCCGGAGGUCCACCGCAUCAUCUCUAAACGGCUCUGGCGAAGAAGGAUCGGCGCUACUACUGGAGGACGAUAGGCUGUUUACUUUUACAAAUAACGGAGAAAUUUCCCAAGCGAAAGGUUUCAUUUUUGAGCUCCACGUUGAACGAACUAAACGGUUUCUCGGAUCUCACUCUUGCUUCCUCUCGACCCAGUGCAAUGGAGAAAACAGACGAAGAGAGGAAGAAGGCUCAGAUGCUGGACGCUCGGGCCAGAAACAUUAGCCACAAUGUUCGCUGCACUGAGUGUGGAAGUCAGUCCAUUGAAGAUUCACAGGCAGAUAUCGCUAUUCUCCUUAGACAGUUGAUCCGCGAUGAGAUAGGAGCUGGAAAAACGGACAAAGAGAUCUACAAUAAGCUGGAGGAUGAGUUUGGGGAGACAGUGCUUUAUGCCCCAAAAUUUGAUUUGCAGACCGCGGCCUUGUGGCUCACACCGGUUAUAAUUGCUGGAGGUACCGCUGCAGGGUUGGUUUACCAGAAGCACAGGCAAAGGAAAAAUGUAGACAUCAUGGCGUUGAACCUUAUUAGAGGUGUCCCAUUGACUCCAAAAGAGAGAGUUACCAUUCUUGAUGUUCUUAUUCCACCUUCCCCUCCGCCUCAGGGACUUGCUUCCCGAUUGAGAAGAUGGCUAAACCGUUAGUUCCCAUGUCUCCCUAGCUCUCUUGUUCUUGGCUCAAAUCUUAUCUUGUUAGCCAAAUAAACAAUGUGUUUAAGGAGUGAGUACACAUUGAUUGUCUAGGAGAAACAGAUAGGGACUGCUUUGCAUCCAUUACAAGCAAUUUUCUUUCCUAUAAAGUUGGAAAAUGGAU